AUGCCGUCGAAAACAAUUACAUUGGAAAGCCAAGCUCUUCGAGUCAAAGUGCUCAUUGAUAAAGAUGGGGCAGUUUUCCUAGAAGAGGUGCUACCUCUCCCCGGCACUUCGCCGACCUCCGCGUUCAAGAAUUUCAGUGAUUCGUAUGCGCCCUUGGUAGAGGUGCGGCUGGCCGGAGAAGGAACAGAAAGAAACAAAUCGUCGAAAAGCCUUGUGGGAAGCUAUGUCGGUGCUCGUUUGCGAUAUCAGUCUCAUGAGUUUCAUACUGCAGCAGACAUGCACACACUCCAUGUUCGAUUAAAGGAUAGUAUAUCUGGGGUGCUGGUUACCUCGCACCUCACCAUUUACGACGGAUUCCCCGUGUUACGUGCGACGGCUAGCAUCCAGAACKAUGGUUAUAAGGAGAUCGUUUUGACGCAGCUCACAUCUCUAGUCCUCGGUGGACUAUCAACUGGCUCAGAGAGGUGGUGGCACGAGUAUAGACUCUCUGUACCGAAUAACUCGUGGUUCCGGGAAGCUCAGUGGGUUGAACAUGACCUGCCCAGUCUUGGAGUCGAUGAUUGCGGCGUCUAUGGACGGCCCGAUGUGCACUGGGGAAGUCUGGGGCACUAUUCGGUGUCUAACCGCGGCACCUUUUCCACAGAAGGACAUCUCCCCAUGGGGCUCCUCACGCAUGUCAGCAACAGAGAUGCCUGGCUCUGGCAGGUUGAGAACAAUGGCUCGUGGCGAUGGGAGAUAGGGGACUGGAAGGACAGCAUUUAUCUAGCUGCUGGCGGGCCAGUGGAGACCGAGCAUGACUGGAGACAGAGGCUCCCUCCAGGACAGGAGUUUACUACCGUUCCUGUAGCGCUGUGCCAUGUCCAGGAUGACUAUGAGAAAGCAUUUGCAUCCAUGACCCAGUACCGACGCCAGAUCAGACGCAAGCACCGAGACCAUGACCGACUACCCAUCAUCUUUAAUGAUUACAUGAAUUGCUUGAUGGGCGAUCCCACCGAAGAGAAAAUAUUAGCGCUUGUAGAUCCUGUUGUCAAAGCAGGCGCGGAGUACUUUGUGAUUGACGCUGGCUGGUAUGCCGAUGAUUCCGGCUGGUGGGACGACGUUGGGUUGUGGGAGCCAUCUCAGAAGAGAUUUCCAUCAGGAUUCAAAAAUUUUUUGAGUCAGAUCCGAAACAAAGGACUGAUUCCUGGGCUAUGGAUUGAGCCUGAAGUCAUUGGAGUUCGCAGUGUCGUGGCUAAGCAGCUACCAAACGAAGCGUUCUUCCAGCGAGACGGUCAUCGCGUGGUGGAGAAAAACCGAUAUCAACUCGAUUACCGCCAUCCUUCCGUACGAGAGAACAUGAACGCCGUCAUCGAUCGCCUCGUUACUGAAUAUGGUGUUGGGUACUUCAAGUUCGACUAUAACAUCGAUGUCACGCAAGGGACAGACAUCAACUGCUCAAGUCCUGGCUCCGGCCAACUAGAGCACAACCGUGCGUAUCUACGAUGGGUAAGCGAAUUACUUGAUCGCUACCCCGAUCUCGUGAUCGAAAACUGCUCCAGCGGCGCCCAGCGAAUGGAUUACGCCAUGUUGGCGGUCCACGCCCUCCAGUCGUCGAGCGACCAGCAAGAUCCAGAGCGCUAUCCGGCCAUUGCAUCGGCUCUCCCUACCGCCGUUACUCCAGAACAAGGAGCAAUAUGGGCCUACCCGCAGCCGGCAUGGGAUGACGAGCUUAAUGCGAUGACAGUGGUUAAUAGUCUCCUGGGCCGCGUGCAUCUAAGUGGUCGUUUAGAUCUUCUCCAGCCGGAGCAGUUUAAUUUGGUCAAAGAAGGCAUGGAUGUUUAUAGAGCCAUACGGGCCGAUUUGCCCACAGCAACCGCAUUUUGGCCGUUGGGUCUUCCAAAGUGGCAUGAUGACUGGUUCUCACUGGCGAUGGCUAUGAAGAAGGGCGAGGGCAAUAGUCAUGAGUGCUAUUACCUUUCCGUCUGGAGACGGGGUGGUCCCGAAUCUAUUGACCUGCCGGUCAAAGCACUCCGUGGUAGGGCUGUUAGCACUGACAUUCUGUAUCCUACUAGGCUUCCUACGAUGAUCAAAUGGGAGUCUAGUGAGGGCUUAUUGAAUGUCACUCUCCCGUCCGAAAUGGGAGCUCGGCUUAUUAAGCUGACAGCAGAGUGA